CACGUGGUCCAGCGUAGUUCACGCGGGUCACUUCGGCAGGGUUUGGGGAGUUACGAGCUCGUUUGCCCGCAGUAGGCCGAAACUAGCACUGGUCCUCGACCCGUCGGCAAGAUGGUGAAGCCCAAGUUCAAAGGACGGAGCACCAUCAACCCGUCUAAGGCCAGCACAAACCCGGAUCGAGUACAGGGAGCCGGAGGCCAAAACAUGAGGGACCGGGCCACGAUUCGGCGCCUGAAUAUGUACAGGCAGAAAGAGCGCAGGAACAGUCGUGGUAAAGUGGUUAAGCCUCUGCAAUAUCAAUCAACGGUGGCUUCUGGCACAGUGGCGAGAGUGGAGCCAAAUAUUAAAUGGUUUGGAAACACGCGUGUGAUUAAGCAGUCAUCAUUACAAAAAUUUCAAGAGGAAAUGGACACAGUUAUGAAGGACCCAUACAAAGUUGUCAUGAAGCAAAGCAAGUUACCCAUGUCUCUUCUCCAUGAUCGAAUCCGGCCUCAUAACUCAAAGGUGCACAUUCUUGAUACUGAAAGCUUCGAAACUACAUUUGGCCCCAAGUCUCAGAGGAAGCGACCAAAUUUAUUUGCAAGCGAUAUGCAGUCUCUUGUAGAAAAUGCAGAAAUGUCCACUGAGAGCUAUGACCAGGACAAGGAUCGCGACUUGGUGACUGAAGACACAGGUGUGAGAAAUGAAGCCCAGGAGGAGAUAUAUAAAAAGGGACAAUCCAGACGAAUAUGGGGUGAGCUCUACAAGGUGAUAGAUUCGUCAGACGUCGUCGUCCAAGUCCUCGAUGCCAGGGACCCAGUGGGCACCCGCUCCCCUCACAUCGAGGCUUACUUGAAAAAGGAAAAGCCCUGGAAACACCUCAUCUUUGUCCUUAACAAAUGUGACCUAGUUCCAACCUGGGCGACAAAACGCUGGGUUGCUGUCCUCUCCCAGGAUUACCCAACACUCGCUUUCCACGCGAGCCUUACGAACCCUUUCGGCAAAGGAGCCUUUAUUCAGCUUCUGCGGCAGUUUGGAAAGUUGCACACCGACAAGAAACAGAUCAGUGUGGGGUUCAUCGGCUAUCCAAACGUUGGCAAGAGCUCCGUGAUAAACACGUUGCGCUCCAAGAAAGUCUGCAGUGUGGCCCCCAUUGCAGGCGAAACAAAGGUCUGGCAGUAUAUCACCUUGAUGCGGCGGAUAUUCCUUAUCGACUGUCCGGGUGUGGUGUACCCCUCUGAGGACUCGGAGACAGACAUCGUGCUGAAGGGAGUCGUUCAAGUUGAAAAAAUUAAGAGUCCUGAAGACCACAUUGGUGCUGUACUCGAACGAGCAAAACCAGAAUAUAUCAGCAAGACAUACAAGAUUGAUUCUUGGGAGAACGCCGAGGACUUUCUUGAGAAGCUAGCGUUCCGGACUGGGAAGUUAUUAAAGGGCGGCGAGCCUGACUUGCAGACUGUGGGCAAGAUGGUUCUCAAUGACUGGCAGAGGGGCCGCAUCCCUUUCUUCGUCAAGCCGCCCAAUGCAGAACCCCCUGCAGCCCCCCAGAUCGCAUCCUCGCCGUCUUUGGAAGCUGCCACAGAAACAACCCAGAACAACCUAGAAGAGAAGAUCACAGAAGCCACCAGCGAAGAGCCAGACUCCGUCACCGAGGACAAGGAGGGAGGGCAGAGCAGUCACUGUGACGCCAGCUCGGAGAUGCAGCAGAUCCUCGCGCGGGUUCGGCAGAACUUCGGCAAAAUCAACGUCGUGCCUGAGUUUUCGGGGGAUGACCUGGUUCCUCUGGAGAUGUCAGAUAUGGACGAAGAGCUUGGGGACUCUUCUGCAGAGGAGGAGGAACAGGAGCAGCAGGGGGACAGUGAGGACGAGUAUUCCCCAGAGCCCCAGGAAGAACAUGUGGAAGACGACACCAAGGCGGUCAUUAAAGCCCUGGAUGAAAAGAUCGCCAAAUACCAGAAGUUCUUAAACAAAGCCAAAGCGAAAAGGUUUUCAGCAGUCAGGAUAUCCAAGGGACUAAGUGAGAAGAUUUUUGCAAAAUCUGAAGAGCAAAGAAGAACAGCUGAAGAAGAUGUGGAAGAUGCAGCACCUGCCAAAAAGGGAAGGAAGAGGAAGGCACGCAGGGAAGAGGAGCGCUCAAAUAAAGCUCGCAAGACGCUCACAUCUAAGGAACGGAGGCGAGCAGAACGGCAGCAAAAAUCGAAGAAAGUUGGCGUCCGCUACUACGAAACACACAACGUGAAAAACAGGAACAGGAACAGGAAGAAGACCAGUGACUCAGAGGGACAGACACACAAACACAAAAAAUUCAACCAUAAGCAGUAGCAGCAGCAUUUUAAAGGCUGUUUAUUAAAUUAUACAAAAAUA